AAAAGAGUUGCAAGAAAAAAGUUUUGAAGUUGGACUAUGAACUUUGUUAUAUUCAUAAAAAGUCAUUAUGAAAUCUCUUUUAAAAUAAGUCAAAAUAAGCAUAAUUUAUUAGUUUUGGAGACUGAAAUUUCCAAAUAUGGAACAGCCAUAUCGGAAAGCUGUAUUGAAUCUGUAUAAAACGUUGCUGUUUCUUGGAAGAGAAUGGCCACAAGGAUAUGAUUUGUUCAGAAAGAGGUUACAUAAAGUUUUCACUAAAAACAGCGAAGAGACAGAUCCAGAAAAAAUCAAAACGAUGUUAAAACAUGGAGAUUUUGUAGCAAAAGAAAUAGAAGCUUUGUACAAAUUGAAGAAAUAUAGAGCAAUGAAAAGAAGAUAUUAUGAUGAUAGUUCCUGAGGUAAUAUUAACUUUGUUUUACUAUCCCUCUAAUUUAGCUUGCCUAAGCAUGUCGGUGCCCAUCUUCAUGAAUUAUUAACCUGCG